AUGCUCGGUCCAGUUCUUGACGGCGAUGGAUCAAAAAAGUGCCCUGUGUGCGACGGAGCGAAAGGGCCCGGCAAAUGCUUCCAGUUUGCAUGCCCAGAGAGCAGCCCAUUGAGUUAUUCUUGCGGCAAUUUGCCAGCGAAGGACCCUGUGUAUUGCGGCAGCCAUCCGUACUUUGCUGGUUACUUGCCGGGGGACCAAUGUGCAGGAUCUUUUGGCCCACCGCUGUUCAGCAUGACGCGAAGGAUGCUCGACAGCAACAUUGACUUUGUUGCGGCGUCCAUCUAUCGGGCAGGUUGUGAAACGCAGAUUGAUCUUUUUCCCGUGUCACAGGAAGUGUGGCAAAACGAGAAGAGAUCAGUUCGAGUCGCCUUGACCGAGCAUCGGCAAUCUGUGAUCUCUGCAACUAUAUUGCCUCCACAUGAGGUUCUGUCCUCCCAGGUUUCCUUAGCAGUUGCAAUUCCGACUGAUGACUUCGAAGAUGCAGGCAGCAUCUAUUUACAAAGGCGGCAUGAGAGUGACUGCGUUGUCAAGCGUGAUGCUGAUCUCCCUGAAGCAUGGGCUGGCUGGUCCGAAAUCACUUCUGAAGGGAACCCGCAUUUCCUUCAGCAGGUUAUUGUGCUCUCACAUUUGCAAUGCUGCGUGGGCUUGUCGCACGACAGCUUAUGGACAAUGGAUCUGUCAGAAGUCGAAUCUGGUGGCAUGUCGGCUAGUGACAUGGCCGGCAAGCUCAAGUGGCUUAAGGUCAUGGGGCUGCCAGCGGAGCGUUACAUGCGGGACGAAAUUCCACACCGACUUCUGGCUCGCGGUCAUGGCAACGAUGAGGUCAUCAUUUUUGCGUUGGAGGGUGCGAAGUUCAAGCCCCAGAUGCUGGUCGAGCUAUCUGGCAAGCCGAUUGGUCAAAGUGUGCGCGCAACAAAGCUGACCUCCACGGUGCACGUUUGUUUGACCUCUGCAGAUUUUGCUGACGCUAGCUUGCCAUCGCGUUUGCUCCCCACGGUGACCCGCGUGGGCGGCAGGCAGAGUGGCUACCUCUUCUUUGACCAGCUCGGGCAGGCACAUCUCCUACGGGAUGAAGCCAUCAUCGCAGAUCAUGAGGCCUGGGCAGAGCCAGACAUGAAAGAUGAAGAGUCGAUGCAGCGAGCUGUCAGCUUUACUUUGCAAAGACUUUCAGGUGAUUCCGAGAAGCGUUUUUGCCUCAUGGGAAUGCUGAUGCACUUUGAGUAUUUUUCCAAGCUGUUCAAAGGAUGGCGAGAGGGAGCUUCUGCUGAAGUUUGCAUGAACGACAUUGACCCCGACGCCUUUGAUCACUUCUUGAAGUAUGCACAGUCUGGGAAGCUCGACUCCAACCUGGAGCUUCAAAUGCUCAUGAAGCUGAUACGCUUCGGGAACAAAUGCAUCCUUCCAGACUUCCUGUCACGCUGCCUCGUUCUUGUUUUGCGUAUUCUGGAUGAGCCCAGGCAGAUGCGAGAGAAGAGUCCUACAACGCUAGCGGAGUUGCUUCUGCUUGCCGAUGAUGCUGCGAUCUCUUGCCCAACCUUGAAGAUGAAAGUCAUCGACUCGAUCCUCUGCUUCCGGAGUGAUGUCUUGAAAGACCCUCAGUUCUUAUCCAAAGUUGUUGCACAAGACUCCAGUCUGCUUGCGACCAUGCUCUCACUCGUGGUCUCGGAGCCAGAGUGA